AUGGCAAGAGAAACAACCGUCGAUGCCCUCGUCGUCGGUGCAGGCGUCGGCGGGAUCUAUUCAACACACCUCCUGUCCAGUAAGGGCUUCAACGUAAAAUGCAUCGACAUGGCAGGCGACGUUGGUGGAACUUGGUACUGGAAUCGCUACCCAGGUGCAAUGAGUGACACUGAGAGUUACCUCUACCGCUACUCCUGGGACAAGGAAGACUUGACGACAUACCCUUGGACACAUCACUACGUCUAUCAGCCCGAUAUCCUGAAAUACCUUCAGCACGUCGUGGCCAAAUAUGAUCUCAGAAAAUAUAUGGAGUUCAAUUGCGAAAUGAAGACCGCCACCUGGGAUGAGGAUAGUCAAAGAUGGCGAAUUGUGUGCUCUGCAGGCGAAACAAUCCUCUCCCGGUAUCUGAUCAAUGCUCUUGGUCUGCUUUGCAAAGCAAACUAUCCUAAAAUUGCUGGAUUGAACACUUUCAAGGGCCAGCUUCUACAUACAGCCACCUGGGACGACUCGGUCAAGCUGGAUGGGAAAAGGAUUGGAGUGAUCGGCAAUGGUUCUACGGGAGUGCAGGUGUUGACUGCAUUAGCUCCAACCGCCGGGAAGCUUGUUUCAUUCCAACGGAAUCCCCAAUACUCUGUGCCUAGUGGCCAAGGACCUGUCACGCCUGAAUAUCGAGCAAACAUCAACGCGAGAUACAAUGAGAUCUGGGAGAAUGUCUUCAAGUCUUCUGUUGGUUUCGGUGUCCCGGAGUCGACUCGGAAGACUAUGGAAGCCACACCAGAGGAGAGGCGUGAAGCUUUCCAGAAAGUGUGGGAUCAGGGAAACGGCUUUAGGUUCAUGUUCAGUGCCUUUGGGGACAUUACAACCAAUAUAGACGCAAACAAAGAAGCUUGCGAAUUCAUCAAGAGCAAGAUCGACGAGAUCGUCAAGGAUCCUCGUAAAGCCAACGCCUUGAAGCCCACGGAGCUGUACGCCAGACGCCCACUGUGCGACUCAGGCUAUUACCAAAUCUUCAACCGGGACAAUGUGGACAUUGCCAGUCUUCGGGAGACGCCUAUUCAGGAAAUUACGGCCCAAGGAAUUAAGCUGUCAGAUGGCACUAUUCAUGAAUUGGAUGUCUUGAUUUUUGCAACUGGCUUCGAGGCAAUUGAAGGCAGUUACAUGAGAGUCUGCAUCAAGGGCCGCGACGGAGAAACUAUGCAAGAUCACUGGAAGACCGGCCUAAAAGCGUAUGGCUCAAUCGCCUGCUCUGGAUUUCCGAACAUGUUUAUUGUGUCCGGCCCACAAGGCGCGUUUGCAAACUUCCCUCCUGUUAUUGAGAGCGAGGUCAGGUUUAUCAUGAAGUGCAUUGAAUACGCAGAAGGCGAGACGCACCAUGAUCAGCAGACGAAUGGCAACGUAAAUGGGCAUCGGAUAUCCAACCGGGGUAUCGUGGAAGUCAACCCAGAAGCUGAACAAGGUUGGUCGGAUCUAUGUGACAGUUUGGUUGACGGAUCUGUGUUCACGACAACCAAGAGCUGGAUUUUCGGGCAGAAUAUUGAGGGGCGGAAAGCAAACACAAACUUCUUUUUCGGGGGUUUGAAGGCUUAUUUAGACUGGGUGCAGAAGGAGACCUCUACUGGUUUCCCGGGAUUUUCCAAGAGGUAA